AUGACAAGCUCAUUGUAUAACACAUAUUUCACUAUAUCUGCAUUUGUUUCAGUGCCAUCAAAUGUUCAAAAUGUGAAUGUGACGCACAAUGACACCGACAUGAUCUUACAAUGGGAUGUUGUAUCAAACACAGACAACAACACUUACAACUAUACUCUCGAAAACAGAGAUGAACCACCAGUGAAUUGCACUAAUCAAACUGCAGAAGGAAAUGAGGUAACAUGUCAUAUAUCAGGUUUGAUGCCUGCAACAAAUUACAGCUUCACUCUGUACACAGAGUUUGCUGAUCUGAGAAGUACUGGAUUCAACUUUUAUAGCAACACGACUCUAUCUGACAUAACUGGAGUUACAGUCACUCGGUCACAGACAGAGUUGACUAUCUCAUGGAAUAAGUUAAACAAUAAUGGCAUCUACAACUACACCUUGAAAAGUCAGGGAGAGGGGAGUGAGAAAAAUUUCACUGGAUCUGCUGUGGGUGAUGUGAUUACACAUACUUACUCAUCUCUCACACCAGGCACUGAACACAAUUUUACUCUCUUUACUGUGGUGAACAAUGCCUUAAGUAGAGGAUACAGCUUUAAGAACAUCACUACCCUUAACUGUGCAUCCUUUAACUGGAAAGUUACCAACUCAUCAAUAGAGGCUGAAGUGAAUGGUUGCACAUAUGUGAAAGCUCAAAACAGCACUGGAAGUGAUAAAAAUGACCCUGUAAAUGACAAAAGGGUGAAUCUGCAAGACCUGUAUCCUGGAGGAAGCUACACUGUUUCACUGUUUUAUGACUUGGAGUCAGAGCGGCUGCUACAAUGCUCACACCGCAUGACAUUAGUUCCAAAUAGUGUAUCUCAUCUCCGCUGUGAAUAUAAUUCUGGAGGGUAUGGUCUGGCUGUAAUUUGGGAUCCUCCAUAUGGAGUUGUGGAUGUGGUGCAGGUGGAUGUUGAUAGACAAAGUUUCAACAAAUCACAUAGUUCAGAAAAACCAAUAAGACAGGAGAUAAAUGGCCUGCAAGCUGCCCAGUGGUACAAAGUGACAGCAUCAUCAUUUUCUGGAGCCGUGAGGAGUCAAACAAUAUCAGUCAACUGCCAAACAAAUCCAUCAGGUGUUAUAGCAGGAGUACUUGUGUUUUUCCUCUUGGUCAUCAUUAUUUGUGUUGCUGUAUUUUCAUGGCGGUGCUAUGGUUCUGCAAAGCACAAUAAGUAUGAUUUUUUUGUGGAGUCAAAAGUGCCUAAUAAAAACUACAAACCGAUUCCCUUGGAUACAUUUCCUGAAUAUUAUCAAAACAUGAGUCGUGAUGAGAAUAGAGGUUUCAGUGAGGAAUAUGAGGACUUGAGUUCAGUUGGUAUAGAACAGUCUAGUAUAGCAGCUCUUCUGCCUGAAAACAAGGACAAAAACCGAUUUUCCAAUGUUUCAGCCUAUGACUCCUCUAGAGUGCAUCUCACCACAAAUGAUGAGGGUGAUUCUGAUUAUAUCAAUGCUAACUACAUGCCUGGCUACGGCAAUGCAAGCAGACAGUAUAUCGCUGCUCAAGGUCCACUGCCAUCCACUGUCAAUGACUUCUGGAGCAUGGUUUGGGAGAAAAGGUCACAGGCCAUCGUCAUGGUAACCAACUGCACUGAGAGUGGAAAGGUCAAGUGUGAGCAAUACUGGCCACUGGACUACACGCCAUGUCUUUAUGGGAACCUGCUUGUUACAGUGAAAUCGGAGGAUACAUUUCCAAGUUGGACUCUGCGAGAAUUUAAUGUAAAAAAUAAAGACACCUCAGAGACACGAACAGUGAGGCACUUCCACUUCACAGCAUGGCCGGAUCACGGUGUUCCCGCUGGCACAGAGAAGCUGAUCCAAUUCAGAGGACUCAUCCGUCAGCACAUAGAGAGCUCUUUCUCUGCAGGGCCGACAAUUGUACACUGCAGUGCCGGAGUAGGCCGGACAGGUACCCUGAUAGCGCUGGACGUCCUGCUACAGCAGCUGCACAAAGAGAAGGCAGUGGGAAUUGCAGCGUUUGUCAAGCAAAUGAGACUCAGCCGGCCACUAAUGGUGCAAACUGAGUCUCAGUAUGUGUUCCUGCACCAGUGCAUCAUGGAUAGUCUACAACCCAAAGCUGGGCCUAAGUCAGAGCCUCUCUAUGAAAACUCAGACAUGAUCUAUGUCAAUGCAAUAGCAUUAAAAGAAUACGACAAACAAAGUCAAAUAUGAACAGAAAUAUAAGCCAUAUCAUAUGGUCCAAUGGUCCAUUUCAAAUACAUACCCUUCAAAAAAUAAAAACUGAAAGCCUAAUCCAUUAAGUUAUUAUUAUUAAUAUUAUUUUAGAUACAAAUACUCUUCUGCUAACAAGGCUGAAAGAUACUGGCCAUGGUAUUUUGAGCCUAAGACAUAAAGCACUAAAUGUUUACCAUUUAAACUUAA